UUCAGUCAUGGAUCCAAUGAAUGUUUAACAUCUCUUCUCUGUUCUCCUUAUUUUUUUCGCUCGAUUUCGGAAGAAACUUUAUUUUUUCCACAACACAGUGUGGCAAAUUCAUGAGAAAUGGACGCGAGCUCAGAGGCUGAAUUUGAGAAAGUGAAAUGCCUGCUCGAUCGGAUAAGUUGGCCGAUGACACUCUUGGGGAUUUGGCCGAAGAACCUGACACGAUCAGGACAAUUAAAAUUCACCAUCUUCAUUACAUAUUUCACUAUUCAUCUCUCCAUGCAGUUGUUGGAUCUGGCGAAUGUCGUGGGACAUUUGGAGCUAGUGGUAGUGAAUCUGACGGAGACAUCAUUUCAGACUAUGGCAAUGUUUAGAAUUCUUAUAACGCGACUCGGCAAAACCACAUGUCGGUUAAUAGAUGCUAUUCAGGAAGAUCUGUCGAUUGAAAAAUUUCAUGACCCACAGGAGAUUAGAAUUCUAUUCAACUACACAAAAAUAACGGAUAAAUUCUACCGGCUGGGAGUCAGAUUUGCAGCAUUCAGUGCUUUCAUGUACUAUGUGACACCAUUGCAGACAUAUUUUAUAGCAAAAAUGACAAAUGGAACGGCAAUUCUGGUGAAUCCUUAUCGGAUUUAUCAUUUCAUUGAUCUGUCACCCAUCGAGAGAACUGCAGUUGUCUACGCCUUCCAAUUUCCGAUUAUGUACACCGGUGUAUUUUUCGUGGCAUCUUACAGCGUUUUGUUGGGAUUCGUCACGAAUUUCUGCGCCCACCUAGCCAUUCUCAAUCACAGAAUGACAACGAUGAAGGAUAAAAAUGCUGAUCACCGCGUUGUUUUUCGUCGACACACCCAGCAGCAUAUAAAAAUUCUGAUAAUGGCGCAAUGGCUCAAUGAUGCUUAUCAUGUGGCACUUCUGUACGAGCUCCUCACUACGACUAUUUUGUUAGGACUCAUCGUCUACCAAUUUUUAUUGGUAAUAUCUGUACUCAAAAACACCAUGUCGAUAGCGAAGUGGUGAAACGAGAUAAGUCGAUUUUAUUUCCGAAAUUUUGAUAAUUUCUUCUUACAAUUUCACUACUGAGUAAUCGUCUAAUAAUCUGCAGGUGCAUCCCCUUGUUGAAAUCUCCUGGUGUCUUUUAAACAUUUCAGAAUAUUGAUGAUGCUGAUGCCUUCGGUGUAUUCGGAUUAGCAGCGUACAUUCUAUCUAUGACAAUAUUAGUAUACGUUAAUUGUUUCAUGGGGGAGUGUUUGAAUACUGAGUGUAACGCACUUCUAAAUGCGUACUAUCAGUGUAAUUGGUACGAGAUGUCACCUUUCUACAAGAAAGCAUUGAUCAUAUGCAUGGAAACAACUCAAGAGCCAAUUCGAUUAACAGCAGGAAGGUUCUAUGUAUUUUCAUUAGAAGGUUUUACGCAGAUAAUGAAAUCAUCGAUGGUGUACGUAUCAAUGCUGCGGAAAAUGAUUUAAUGUCAAGCUCACGAGAUCCGGUGGUCAGAAAAGUAUUUUCAUCCCCCGACGUAUGAAAAAAAAAGACAUUCAACUCUUGA